AGCAAGCACGCCCAGUUUUGUUUUCUUUCCCAAGAACGAAAACGUGCUGAUCGAAGCAACCUGCUGCCGAGGCGCGCGCUCGCACUCGUUGACGUUCAGCAUUGUCCGGUGUAGUCUUCCGCUAGUGCUGGUCGUAGUUGGCCAUUUGCGUACCUUACGUUGUUUGUACAAGUGAGCCCUUGGAUAAGCUUACUGAUUGUUAGAGACCGGCGCGCAGCUUUCUUCGCGAAAGCCUACUGUGAUGUGGGUGACGACGUUCAAGAGAAUCAUUCGUUCUAUUGCUGUUAUCAGAGGUAGUGUGGCCUAGGUUCGUCCUCGUUACUUGUCGGUUCGGCAAAAGUGACGAUAACAGGUGCCCGAUUGACGCUGACAUGUGUCGUGAGACAUCGACAGCUUAUUGAAGUGCCGUCAACGAGCUUCGCGACAUUCAACUAGUUCGGUUCAGUUUCCCACGAGCGACGCACCGGUGAAGUAUGAUUCGGGUGUUUAAUAAGAAAUGUUUCCUCGCGGUGUUGCUUUCGAUCGUCUGCGUGACGGCGCUGGUGAUGGUGUACAGUGCCCGGUGGGAGAUGGCCGAUUUCCAGAACUAUAUCCAGUUGAGGCAGAAUCUCAAGUACAGAACGACUGUGGCAGAUGAAAAUGUGACUGAAUUUAAAUACAUCUUGCAAACGCUCGAUCCGAGGUUUCCGACGCCACCCGGUGACAUGGGAGUGGCUGUUUCGGCGGGGGUUACCAAUGCAGAAAUCGCGUCCCUCAUGAAACAGGGCUACGAUAUGCAGGGUCUCAACCAGUACCUAUCGGAUCUGAUGUCGGUCCAUCGGAGGUUGCCGGACACGCGGGACGCUUGGUGCAAGGAACCAAACCGGUUUCUACCAGAUCUACCGGAAACUUCAAUCGUGAUCGUGUUCUACAACGAAGCCUGGUCAGUUUUGGUUCGAACCGUUCACUCGAUUCUCGAUCGAAGCCCACCCAAUUUGGUCAAAGAGAUCAUUCUAGUCGAUGACUUUUCCUACUUGCCUCACACAAAAACCCAACUGGACGACUACUUCGCGGCAUACCCCAAGGUACGAAUCCUGCGAGCUCCCACCCGUCAAGGACUGAUCCGCGCACGACUCCUUGGCGCUAGGAACUCCACGGCACCGCUUAUUACGUUCCUCGAUGCCCACGUUGAGUGCACAGUUGGUUGGCUGGAAGCGCUGUUGGAUCCGGUGGCGCGAAAUUGGAUGACGAUCGCAAUUCCCACGAUCGAUUGGAUCGACGAGCACGAUAUGCACCUGCGCACGGAAAAUGCUCCCACAUACUACGGGGCGUACGAUUGGGAUUUGAACUUUGGCUGGUGGGGCCGGUGGAGUCGCGUCAAGCAGCCCCAGAACAAGCUGGAACCGUUCGAGACGCCGGCGAUGGCCGGUGGGCUGUUUGCCAUCAACAGGACGUUCUUCGAGCUGCUCGGGUGGUACGACGAGGGGUUCGAAAUCUACGGCAUCGAAAAUAUCGAGCUGUCGAUGAAGAGCUGGAUCUGUGGGGGAAAAAUGUUGACCGUCCCAUGUUCGCGAGUGGCUCACAUUCAAAAGACGGGACAUCCCUACCUGAUGAAAGCGAACAAGGACGUUGUGAGAGCGAAUUCACUCCGACUGGCGGAGGUGUGGAUGGACGAAUACAAACAGGUCAUUUUUGAUAUUUAUGGGUUGCCGCGGUAUCCGGUGGAAGAGGUGGGUGAUGUGUCCAGCAGGAAGGAGGUACGGCGGAAAGCGAAGUGUAAGACGUUCCGGUACUACAUUGAGACUGCGUAUCCGGAGAUGAAGAAUCCGCUGAUUGAGGGAGCGUUUCGUGGAGAGGUAAAAAAUGCAGCCCUCGGCAACGACACGUGCCUCACGUAUCACGCAGCAACCAACACCGUGGGCAUGGCCAGCUGCGAUCACGCGGAAAAGUCUCAAUUUUGGGUCCACAACUACUAUCAGGAGCUGAACAGCUACAAGCACUGUCUCGAUUACACGGGCUCGGAGCUCGGCGUCUUUGGAUGCCACCGGGGCCGGGGAAACCAAGCCUGGCAGUACAAGAUCGACUCUAGGCAGAUAAAGAGUGUAAAACAUGGCAAGUGUUUAGCGCUCGACAUGGAGAGCCGAACGUUCCUGAAGAUGGAAGAUUGCGACGGUAGCAAGGAGGUGCAAAAAUGGCUCGUUACGCCGGUCAGUUUGGAUGUGUCUAUUUUUGCGAAAACGAAUGGUUAAGCUUAUAGAUGUAAGUUUUUUUAGAAGUUAGUAUAUUGUACAAUCCAGAUCUCGCAAAAAAAACAUUGUAAUUAAUUAGCCAAUCGUGACCCUUAUAAAUAUUUGUAACAACAAUCCUCUGUACAAAUAGCCAAUUAAUAUGCAAUGAAAUAAACUGACUGAUGUAAUUCUUUA